AUGUCGUGGAGAUAUGCUUUGGAAAAGUAUGUUGCUCAUCCGGAAACGAUAGGUGAUGGUACAGUAGUCUACUUUGAUGACAAAGUGUCUAUAAUUCGGGAUUCAUUUCCUAAAUCAGAGUGCCAUUUAUUAAUAUUACCACGAUUAACGCAGUUGAGUAGAAGUCAUCCCGCUAAAGUAAUUGAUGGUAAGUUUAAGAAUAAAUUUGAACCAUAUAUUGAUUGUGCUAUUAACUACAUUUUUAAACACUUUCAAGAGAAGUUUCGAGUUCAGAAAAGUGAUGAAAAUAACCCCAAUUUUGAUGGUGACAUCUUAGAGGACAAAGACAAGUUUGUAAGCCGUUUUUUACAGAUCGGGGUACACAGUGUGCCCUCAAUGAAAAAUUUACAUAUUCACGUAAUAUCUAGAGAUUUCCAUUCGGUAAGGUUGAAGAAUAAAAAACAUUAUAAUUCAUUCAAUACUAAGUUCUUCAUUAGUUGGGAUGAUUUACCGUUAAGUGGGAAAAUAUUGGAUACUGACAAGAACAUUGAGACCAAGUACCUGAAAGAUCACGAUUUAUUUUGCUGCUACUGCCAGGAAAACUUUGGUAACAAAUUUAGCUUGCUAAAGAAACAUUUAGAUGUGGAGUUCAAUAAAAACUUUGAGCUAAAAUAA